AUGCCGUCGGAAGCGGAUCGAUUUCGCGUCAUGUCGCUACGGACUUCGUUCGCGAAGCAGCCGCUUAGCAACAUGAAGAGCUCCUCCUCGUUUGGCUUUGGCACCUCCACUCGCGACCAGUUUGCGCGCACCUACGCGUCUCCCGCGGUGGACAAGUCCAACAGGAACUCCAAGGGGGGCAACUACGGCACCGGUCCCGGGGCGUACAACCCCGAAAACUCGUCGUUCGGCAAGCAUGUUGCAUCCACCGCCAAGGACGCCCCGUCCUACGGCUUCGGCCAGUCCGAGCGCCUCGUCCGGCCCAAGUCGGCCGUGCCAGGGCCGGGCUCCUACUCGCACAUCGAGACGCUGCACGGAGCCACCGUGUCGACGAUGAAGAGCCCGCCCAAGACCGGCUUCGGAACCACGACGCGCGACCAGGCCGCCUCCGUGUUCGUGUCGACGCGCCACGAGAAGAAGCAGUACGCGUCCCGAGGCUCGCCCGGACCCGGCACGUACCAGCCACCGUCGUCGCUGUUCAAGAGCGUCGACGCCACGAAGUCGACAGCGCCGUCGUGGAAGAUGCCGGGCGGCGAGCGGUUCAAGUACGACUACGAGCGGCGCGGGCGGGAGAACCCCGGCGCGGGGCAGUACGAGAACACGGCGUCGAUCGGCCAGCAGGCCCCGUCGCACCGCCCCACGGCGCCCAGCCACUCGUUCGGCAACGUCGACCGGGACGGCGCGAGCAAGGUGUUCAUGGGGACGCGGGCGUCGAAGACGCAGUUCGCCGGCCGCGCGGCCCCGGGCGCCGGGACGUACAACGCGCCCACAGCGUUUGGCAAGCAGGGGGACUCGCGGGUGAAGACGGCGCCGUCGUCGGGCUUCGGGUCCUCCAUGCGCAUGGGCAUGCCCAAGUCGGAGGUGCCCGGACCCGGCUCGUACUACGCCUGGUGA